AAAGUUUCUUCCUCGAACUUGACGAAGUUUUUUAUUUCUAGAUAAAAUGAAUAAAUAAAAUUAAUAACGUAUUUCAUUACAGGAGAAUUUUGAUGAAUAAAUAAUAAAGGUUAUUAUCUUUUAUUUGAGGAAGUCCAUGCUGUCGUGUGGUUACAUUGUUCAUGUGUAAUUGUUUGUGAAGUGGCUGGCCGUUCGCGUCGACAGCAAGAAUGCCGAGGAAACUGUUGAAAUUCCUUAUCGUAUUCGAUAACACGUCGUUACUUUACUUCCCUGGGCAGUUCCUGUCCGGGAAAGUGUUGAUGGAACUGCAGGAUGAUACUCCAGUAUUAGGUCUACAUUUCCAUGUGGUUGGUGAAGGAGUGGUGAGAGUGGGCUCCGGCCGACAUGAAAGGUUGUUUGAUAAAGAAAAUUACAUCGACUUUCGAAUGAGACUGCUUGGAGAACCAGGCCAUGGCACCUCAGUACUCUCCCCAGGCAUCCAUAGCUUCCCAUUCAAGCUGGGUUUGCCCAUGGGCCUGCCUUCAACAUUCCUGGGCACACACGGAUGGGUUCAGUACUACUGUAAGGCAGCCUUGAGGGAGCCCAAUGGCUUGACACAUAAGAACCAACAGGUCUUCAUUGUGAUGAACCCUAUAGACUUGAAUUUGGAGCCACCAGUAUUAGCUCAAGAGUUCGAGUGCAGUAUCGAGCACCGGUUAGGCGUGGGCUGCGUGGGCGGCGGCGCCAUCGCCUGCCGCGUGGUGCUGGACCGCGGCGCCUACGUCCCGGGCGAGAGCGUGGCGCUGUCGGCGCACCUCGUCAACAACUCCAAGACCACGCUUAAGGCCACCAGGGCGGCUCUUACUGAGACGAUCCAAUAUUCCGCCCACGGCAAGGUAGCGGCUAAAGAGGUGCGUGAACUAGCGUCGCGCGCUCACGGAAAANCUUAA